AUGUACCUCCAUGGCUCAAAGCGUAACACGGGCGCCGGCGCCGGUGUCGUCCUCAUAUCACCACAGGGUGACAAGAUGAAGUAUGUUAUACAGAUGAACUUCCCGCUGCCGACAAACAAUGAAGCCGGAUAUGAGGCCCUGUUGCACGGCUGCGAGCUGAAGCACAUCGUCAGGGCUAGCAAUGAAGAAGCUGAGACCCUGGCAAACAUCGGCUCCACGUGCUCUGCAAUUCCGGACGUAGUUUUCUAUGAGUGGGGACUCGAUCCAGUUGGACCUCUACCGAAAUCUUCGCCAGGUGGUCACACCUUCCUACUAGUUGCACCCGACAAUUUCACCAAAUGGAUCGAAGCUAUACUCGUCACCAAUCAAACAGCUGCCAUAGCCGUCAAGUUCUUCAAGGGCAUCACCUGCUGUUUCGGCAUGCCGCAUAGUAUCAUCACCGACAAUGGAAGCAACUUCGUCUCGAGAGAAUUCCAUGACUUCUGCGAAGUCCGAUGA